AUGGCUUUCGCGAAUCUCUUCCAAUCGGCAAUGCGGCCUUUUCCGUUUCUCGGCAUCUUUUUCUUGACGACAUCAAUUGCUUGGGGACAAUGGCGGACAAACCAGCGAUCUCACACGCUCUCCGUGUUGCCCAAGAACUCAACGCGGCGCUUGUGUGCCGAUUUCUGGGAUGUGAAUCGCUUCAAUGCUUACCUGCGACCGAUCAUGGUACCAAGGAUUGUGGGAACACAACAACAUCGUCAAGUUGGGGAGUUCAUGGCGCGAACGAUGAGCGAAAUGGGCUGGCACACUGAAUGGGACGAGUUCACGGAUAGUACGCCGUAUGGGAAUAGGCCAUUCAGAAAUCUAAUCACCACGUAUAACCAACAAGCGCCUCGACGCCUGGUCCUGGCUUGCCAUUACGACAGUAAAAUUAUCCCUGGGGAAUCGUUUGUCGCGGCCACAGACUCAGCAGUUCCCUGUGCGAUGAUGUUGGACAUUGCAAAAACGUUGACCCCAUAUAUGUACCGACAGGUGCACCAGAACGUAAGUCUACAACUCAUUUUCUUUGAUGGUGAAGAAGCCUUUGUUCAAUGGACAUCUACGGACUCGAUCUAUGGAUCGCGACAUCUGGCAGCGAAAUGGGAAUCUAAAUGGUAUCCCACAAGCAGCAGUGCCAGCAAUUUUGAACUCAGCCGAGAGAUCGAUCGGAUAGAUGUGAUGAUGCUGCUGGAUUUGCUUGGUGCAGCCAAUCCAAGAAUCAACAAUGGGCACGGUCUGGGCGCGACGAGUCUAUUCGCCGAGCUACCUAACAUUGAACAAGAACUCCGGCGAAUGAACUGCGUCCCAUCAGUCGCCACCGUGUUCAAUGGCCAGGUGAUAGCGCAAGGGAUCGAAGACGACCACAUCCCUUUCCAAAAACGAGGUGUUCCAAUCUUGCAUCUCAUCGCUACGCCAUUUCCACGCGUCUGGCACACCGUUUCUGACAAUGAGAGAAUACUUCACUAUCCGACAAUUCAGUAUCUGACUUCUAUUGUCAGGGUAUUCGUCGCGAAGUAUCUCGGGAUCGCACCGUUG